UGCAUCUCGUCGGUCUCCAGUCUGCCCACCGUUGUCGACCGUUUUCCGAUCCCCUCGAACCCUUCUCGCGGCCGUAGAGAUAUUCUCUAUCCGCCAUCCGACACAAUGGUCUCCAUCCGUUCCGUCCUGGGUGCCUCCACCGGAGCCCUCCGCCAAUUUCUCCCCUCCCUCUCCCGCAAGUCCGCCGGUCUCGUUUCGCGGCCCUUCUCGCAAAUCGCGCGCCUGUCCUGGGGCAAUGGUCUUCGUCUUCUGCGCUCCGGAAAGCAGACCGACAGUGUGGGGGUUGCUAGCGUGGGAACAACGUUGAGACAAGUCGAGCAGAUCCGGGGAAUGAAGACGCGCUCAUCGGUUAAGCGGCUGUGUGACGGGUGCAAGCCUGUGCGGAGAAAGAACCGAGUUUAUAUCAUCUGCUCCAAGAACCCGAAGCACAAGCAACGUCAAGGGAAAUAGACGCGGGAAGGAUUGAUCGCAAGAGCAUGAGAGAAAUGAGCGUAUCUUCGGACGGACGACGG